AUAAAACCAUAAGAUAGUAACAGUAUUAAAAUUUAACCAGAUGUACAGGAACAAGUUAAAGAUCAAUUAGAUGAUUUCGAUUUAAAUUCCAUAAGAAUAAAAAAAUCAUUUUCCUUAUUUUGUAUCCAUUUUGCAGCUUUAAUUUUGAAAAGAAUUCUAUAUUUUAAAAGAGAUACUAAAGGAUUUAUAUGUGAAAUUUUUCUUCCUUGUUUAGUUGUAGUAGGUGGUUUAUCUAUUCUUUUAAUUACCUUUAUUUAAUAAGACCCUCCUAUAUUUUUAGAAGCUGGUUACUAUGGAAACUAAGAUAUUAUAGUGGGAGGAAUUCCUACUUAAACUGAAAUGAGUAGUGUUUUAGGAAAUGUAGCUUCUAAUAUAAAAUGGUAAUUAGAUUAUUAAACUGAUGUUAGAAAAUGGGAAGAUCUUAACUUUGACAAUAGAUCAAUAGAUAGGCAUGGUGCUUAUUGGUUUAUUUAAAAACCAGGAGUUCCAGUCUAAAAUAACAACGAAUAUUAAUAUUUAAUAUAAGUGCAGACUAUAACAAGAUGUGCAAUUCCUUAUUAUAUGAAUUAAAUGAAUAAUGCUAUAAUUAGAACUGAAACCGGUAAAAAAGACUUCAAUAUAGAUUUUACUUACCAUCCUUUACCUUUGACUAAAAAAUUGAAAAGUGUAGAAGGAAGUGCAGACGGAAUAGUAGCAGCUUUCUUUUUUUCUAUAGGAUUUUCUUUUAUUCCUGCUUCAAUUAUUACUUUUAUUGUAAAAGAAAGAAAUGAUAUGGUAAAGCAUUAACAUUUAGUCUCUGGUGUAUCGUUAUUGUCAUAUUGGGCUGCUAAUUUUACAUUGGAUAUACUCAAGCAUGUUUUGCCGGCUGUUUUUUGCAUGCUUAUGACUUUGGCAUUUGAUAUAGAAGCUUUUGUUAAAGAGUAAUCAUGUUAUUCGGCUAUUUGUUUGCUUUUUAUAUUAUAUGGAUGGGGUAUUAUACCUUUUAGUUAUUUGACAAGCUUUUUUUUCAAAAAUUAUGGAAGUGCUUAGGUUUUUAAUUUUUUCUUUCAUUUUAUUUUAGGUUCUAUUGUGCCUUUGUAAUUUAUAUUUUAAGAGUUAUUCCUUCUACUAAAGAAACCGGAUUGAGUUUGUAAUGGUUUUUAAGAUUAAUUCCAUCUUUUUGUUUUGGAUAUGGAGUACUUAAUAUUGGAAGUCGGGAUUUAUAUGCUAUAAGGAAAAAAAGAAAUAAAAAGAUUCUCCUUUUGAUAUGAAUAUAGCAGGUGGUGAUAUCAUUUAUUUGGUUGUUUUUGGAUUCUUAAAUAUGGGACUUAUUAUUGUUUUUGAAUAUCUAUCUCAUUCAAGCAAAUUCACACAGUUAAUAUCAGGAGAAACUAAUAUCCCUUAUUAACCAAAAGAAUAUGACGAUGAUGUUUAGAAAGAAAUGGAUAUGAUCCAGAACUCAAAACCAGAAGAUUUUACUGUAAGAGUAAGUAAUUUAAGAAAAGUAUUUGUACCUGCUAAAAAUAGAGUUAAGGUUGCAGUUGAUAAAGUCUCUUUUGGAAUUAAAUAAGGAGAAGUUUUUACUUUAUUGGGAGUUAAUGGUGCUGGGAAAACUACUACUUUUAAAAUUUUAUCAGGAGAAAUACAACCUACAAGUGGAGAAUGUCAUAUAGCAGGAUAUUCAGUUUAGACAUAAUUAGAAUAGGCUAGAAUGAAUAUAGGAUAUUGUCCUUAAUUUGAUGCUUUAUUAGAAAAUCUUACAGCAAGGGAGCAUUUGAACUUAUAUGCAUCUAUUAAAGGCAUUCCUAAAUCUAUAAGAGCAGAGUUAGUUUAAAAAAAAUUAGAAGAAAUGGACUUACUUAAAUUCGAAGGAUAUUGCGCUGGUACUUUUUCUGGAGGAAACAAGAGAAAAUUAUCUGUAGCUAUUGCUAUGAUUGGAAACCCUUCAAUUAUAUUUUUAGAUGAACCUUCUACUGGAAUGGACCCUGCUGCUAGAUAAUUUAUGUGGAAAGUAAUUAAAAGAAUAUCUACUGUAAACAAACAUUCUUCCAUUAUCUUAACAACUCAUUCAAUGGAAGAAGCUGAGCAAUUAUCUUCUAAAAUGGCUAUUUAAGUAGAUGGAUAAUUAAAAUGUUUAGGCACUAUUUAAUAAGUUAAACAUAAGUUUGGUAAAGGAUAUGAAGUAGAAGUUAAAAUCAAAAAACCUUCAGUUGAGCAUUUAAGCUCUUUAUGUUAAAAAGCAGAGUUAUAAUUAAAUGAUAAAAUAUUACUUAAGGAUUUACCUAAUAUUUUAAGUAAAUUAAAUGCUAUGGAAUUAUAAUCUUUAAUUUCUGAUAAUCAAUCAGGAUCUAUUAUUUAUAAAGAAUUAAAAAGUCAAAAGGGUAUUACUAUGGAAAAUUUAACUGAAUUUAUAUAUGUUGAAAAUUAAGGCUUUUAAAUUAUGAUGUUCUUAGAAAAAGAAUUUGGAAAAUUUGAUGAAAUUGAACAUAUCGGAGAUUUUUAUAGAUAUAGAAUAGAAACAAGUGUAACUAUUGGUAAAAUUUUUGGUUCUUUUGAAAAAAAUAAAGAAUAAUUAAAAAUAUCUGAAUAUUCUUUGAAAUAAGCUACUAUUGAAUAAAUAUUUAAUUAAUUUGCGGAAGGAAAAAUUAUGGUAAACGAACAUAUUAAAAAAAGUAAAACUAAUAUUUAAGCUUAUGAAUAGAAAAAAAGGUAAAGCUAAAUGGAAAUUAAUAAUUAAAAUUGA